AUGCCUCAAACACCGCCACGAUUUGGUUUCGGUCGUCCCGGUCAAGGGCACCACCAGAACCACCGACCGGUUUUCCCAUCGCCUCUUUCCUCUUCUCCAGUUCGAGCCGCCUCAUUAUCACCACCACCAUUCCAAAAUCAACAGCAAACAGUCUCGCAACCCCUCUCACCAUGCAACUCCAACCUCCUCAACACCCUCCCAUGGCACACACAGUCCUCCCCGACUCAGGGCGGUCAAAUAUUCUACCCCAGCCCCACCCACAGCGAGAAUCACAACGCGAGCAGCAGCAAUAACAGCAAAUUAUUUCGCUUUGCCUCACGAAACCCGCGUCCUAACCCGGUUGUCAAACGGCGGGAGGACGCCCAGGAGGGCCGUCGCCGUUUAUUCUUCCAGAACGUGCGGCAGCGACAGGAGGACAAGCGGUGGGAGAGGCGCGGUGGCGAGGACGAGGUAGCUAACUCGCCAACCCAGCUCCUCAAACUCGAAUGGUGGCGCCUCACGCGCGAACGUAACCAGGCCAAGGCUGCCGAGGCAGCGCAAUACCUCGGCGCCAUGGACGCGGACCUGGCAGCUCAAGAGGAGGAGGAGCUGCGGAUGCUAGCGCAGCAGCAGUAUCUGCAGUAUCUGCAGUAUGAACAGCAGUAUCAGCAACAGCAUCAACCGCAGCGAGGAUAUGCGGAUCGCGACGCGGACGCAAUGAUGGCCGAUGCUAUUGUGCAGCAGGAGGAGGCCGAGCUGGAGGCGCUCGUUUCGGACUUGGAGAGGAAGAGGGAAUCGGCGCACUUUUCGGACGACGAGGAUUAUGACGGGCUGUUUAUGGAUUUGAUCCAGCAGCAACAGCAGCGGCAAGACGAUGACGCGGGGAUGGGGACGAGCUGGUCGCAGGAUGUGGAGAUGACUUGA